GUGUAUUAAGAAAUGGAGUACACAAAGCAUGAGGUGAUCCAUUCCGCAAUUCAACCCCCCAAAACUAACCUCCACAUUCCGACCUUCCUAUGGCUUCCGCCACCGUCGAUUCCGCCGCCGCCGCCGCAAUAGGCACCGCAGACGGCGGCUUACUUCGAUUGGAUUCAAUUCCAGUAGUGGAUCUCCGCUUACUCUCCCAAUCGGAGCUCAAUUCCCUCUCCAGCUGCUCCUCAUCCUCCGCCGACCUCAACCGCCGCGAUGACGACGUCGUCAUCCCAAUCAUCGACCGCUCCAUCUUCAACGAGUCCGUCGGCUCGCGGAAGCAGACCUACUCCCGCCUCCACCUCUCGCCCCCGCCGCCGCCACUCGCUGCCGCACAUACCCCACCUCCGCUCCACCGCCACCUUCCACGGCGGAAUCAACCCUAAAUCCGAUCCGGAAAACGCCGAGAAUCACCAAAUCAUCAAUCUCCUGAAGCAAUUCUUCGUCGCGGACAUGAACCCCGCGGAUUUGUUCCCGGUGAAAAUCGAAUACCUAAAUUCGCUACCGGUUCAGCAAUUCUCAUCUCCGCCGCCCACAGGGAUCAAACGGAAGCGCGACCGGCCUCGCAGGAUUGAGAAUUUGGGGAAUGCGGCGGAUUUGGCUGUGGAGGUUAGUAUUACUGAUGCCAGCUAUGCGGAUACGUUGCAAUUGGCAAUGCCGUCGCUGAAUGAAUUCUUUCCGCGUGACAAUUCGGAUGAUAAAGACAGAGAGGAGCUGAAUAGCGACGGAGUGGCCGUGGAUUUGGCGGCGUUGGGCGCUUCGGUGCAUCCUUAUUGGGAGGAGAUUCGGAGCAGGACCAACGGAUUGCGAAGUGAAGAGGAAUUGUUAGGGUUUUUAACUGGAUUGGAUGGAAGGUGGGGAAGUAGGAGGAAGAAGAGGAGGAUUGUGGAUGCUAAUGAGUUCGGGUCGAAGCUGCCGGUUGGUUGGACGCUUUUGCUCUCCAUUAAGAAGAAGAAUGGCAAUGUAUGGCUGUAUUGCCGUCGCUACAUAAGCCCCAGUGGACUGCAUUUUGUUUCGUGCAAGGGAGUAUCAUUGUAUUUGCUCUCUCUUCAUGGCAUGCAAGAUACAAAUUCAUGUAGCUAUGGCCAAUAUAAUGAUGUUGUUAAUGAUGCUGAUAAAUUGACUACUGUCCCUCUCACCGCACAAGAUGAUUAUGAAGUGGAGAAUUUCUCCCAAGCAUCACCACCUCAUUUGGAUUUGGUAACUGGUAACCAUGAGAUCCAAGUUGCAGUAAAUGUGGGGAAUGCAUCGGAGGAUAGAAUAGGAGAGAGUAUAUGUUGCCACAAGUGCAGUAUAACUUUCAAUAACAAAGAAGAAUUCUUGAACCACCAAUCAUCAGUUCACCGGAAAAACAGAAGCAAAAACAUUGUCCGCAUUACGGAUGGAGUGAUAAUCAAAGAUGGGAAAUUCGAGUGCCAAUUCUGUCAUAAGACGUUUAGUGAACGGCAUCGCUACAAUGGUCAUGUUGGUGCACAUGUGAGAUUCCAAGCUAAGAUUCCUGGAGAAUUUUCUCAGUCUGUUUAUCCAACUUCUACAAAUGAAUUUUCUACUCAAGAUAAUGCAAUGGAAGGAGCAUCAAAUUCUCAUAAUGCUGCAGAUGUUUGUAACUCUGUCACAACAUAUGGGCCAAAAAUAUGCGCGUCUCCUGAUAAAGUUGAUGGUCAUUUCGGAGAUUUAGAAGAUGCUAGUCGGAACAUUACUGGGAAUGGUGGGAUGGAUAAAGCUACCAAUAUAGUCACCGAAACAAGUGAUUGUUCAGUUCCUGAGGUUCUCUUCUCUAGCAACGAGAAUAAAAAUUUGCACGAAGAUGCAUGUCUUAAUGACUCUACUGCUAAAAUAAGUCUAGAUGGUUCCGCUAUGCAAGGGGGAAAGAUGAUGGAAUCCACUUUGUGUCAAAAUGGCGCUGCAGAUAGUGUUAGGAACAGCAGUGUGAUUGAGAAUUCUGUAUCUAUCGAUAAGCCCGGGAAAACUAUUGCAUCUAACAUCUGUUUAUUAGAUUCUAAUGAUCAUGUGAAAGAAUGUCCUUUGGUGAAUGAUAGCAAUCGAAAGACGGUGGAGUUCAGCUUCAAUUCUCAGAAGCUUACAGUGAAUGAAUCCAUAUUCAAUCUUUUUGGGGCUAAACAUCAAGGAGAGCAGGAGAAAGAUUUAGCAGUUAGUAUUACAGAAAAGAGUGACUCGCAAUACUUGCUAUGCAAGGACAUUGGUACCACUGAGAGUAUAACUUCUGGAUCAGAGGCGUCUAAAAUUGAGAAAGGUCCUAACAUCCGUAUGCCCAUAGCUGAUGAGAAAAAACCAUGUCAAGAAGACAAUGUUCCAUGUUCUAUUGUUAAUUGCAAAGUCGGUUAUACUCUCAGUUUCAGUGAAUGUGAAAAUGACAGUUCCAAGGCAUAUAAUGAAGGUACGAACAGGCUCGGGGAGAUGCAAUAUGGAAUGGCUUCAGUUAUUCAGUCUUGGAAUGAGCAAGAAAACGUGACAAAAAAAGAUGACGCCGAGGUAUUCACUCAUCUUUUGGAGGUGCCGGGGAUGGGGGACAUGUCGAAUAGUCACUUAGUUGCUGAUGAUAAAAACACUUAUCAUGAUGAAAAUAAUGACAGUGGAGGUUGUGGAAGGGAGAGAAAAGUGCCUGAAUUAGACUGUCUUCGAAAUUUUGGCAACGAUCAAUCUAGUGAUCUUUUCAGCAGCGGCUCUGCUAUUAUAAGCUCCAAUUCCAUUACAGGUACAACUGAUAAGCAGUUAUCCGCAGAAGAUAAUAUGAUUGCGGUGUUCAGUGAUACCAUAGAAGAGCGAAUACAGGAUCCAUCUGAAGGUAUAUUACUCAAUCAGUCUGGUAUUUCAGAAGUAUCAAUUGAGGCAUUUACGUUGAAUAAGAUCUACACUACCCCUGCUAAUCAUUCUGAACUCAAUGGAAUCGAAAAUGCUGGGAAACAUGAGCUAAGCCUUUCCUUCGGUAGUCUUCAGACAGAUAUGUUUGCAGAGGCGAAUAGGGUUGAACAAGAAAGCUAUCAAGCAAAUAGCUUUAACAUCGAAUCUGUUCGCCCUAAAACAUACAGGGAUUCAUCACAACCAAGUAUCCUAAAUAGUGACAUAACUGCUGACCUGGGAUAUUCUAAUCAAUCCUUCAAUGACACAACAAACGAAUCUGGCAGUAGUUUUAAUGUAGCUCACCCUGAAAAGGACUGGGACGGGACCAGAGGAAACGAGGUAAGAACUUCCAGCCAGAACUUUAUGGUUGGUUUCCGGAAUAGCAGCUUUCCAACGAGUGAGUAUGCUGCAGCUGAUGGUCCUUGGAGAACCGGUCAUGAUAACGUAUUUGGAGGUUGUUAUGAUGCUAAUUCAGGCACUUUCGACCUUGCACCAAAUAAGGGACAAGGAAGCUCAUAUGGUGUGGAUCACAACUACGGUAUGAUGAGGCCCGGUAGAGCCCAACCCGUAGAAUACAGUUUCAUUAAUGAACAGCUUGUAAACAGCUCGUUACCCGAAGAAGCCAAUUUCCCUUAUCGUACAAAUAUGGAACAAGAUAUUGGAUCCCUCGUUUUGGCUAGGAAAGGACGCUUGAACGCCAAAUGCAUUCCGUGUUAGUCAGGCUACAUCAGUUUGCGUUUGGUGCAGAAACGUGCUCUUUAACGAGCACACUCAAGCGGGAAUGCAAACAGUUGCAAUUGGCACAAUAUGUCCAUCUUGCAGUUCGAGAAUCCUAGAACAGUUCAAUGUGCUAUAGAGCUCUGUUCUCCCCUUCGGGCGCCGCCUUCCUCAGAUGAAUUCUUUUUCAACUCCAUCAAUAAUCCAUGACAACAGGUAACCAAUUCGUUGCAGGAUUAUUCUUGAAUCAUAGAAAAUUUUUAGAAUUUUGAUUAGUCUUAGAAUGAAUAACUAGAUAAGGCUGUACAUGAAUUUUUUCUGUAGAUUGUAGAUGGAGUUCUCUAAUCAAUUUAUUUCAACUUUUGUUGAAAUGAAAAUGUUAGUUUCA